AUUGUGUUUUGAUUCACUGGAUAUGGUUUUUAAAAGACAAUUUUUCGAAUACCUGUCGAUGAUGAUUGGUGUUAUUAUGAAUGAAGUAUGGAUGACCAAUGGUGAUAAAUCAUUCAUAAUGCGUGGUAUUGAAGGUAAAACCGAAUGGGAUAUGGUACGAUAUCCGUAUAAAACGGUUUAUGGUCUACCAAAAUCAUUACAAUGUAGUGAAUCAGUUUACCAUCAAUUCAAUAAAUGUGAAAAAUCAUCACAUCGUAAAUGGAAAGUUACGAUUGACGAAUAUUUCUAUGAAACUAAACAAUUUUGUUGCUUCGUUUGGCAUACGAUGGCUUGUGAAAUAGAAAUAGCGGCAAAAUGUAACCGGAAUUAUUCGCAACAGAUCAAAACAAACACACGACAAUUGUUUACAUCAGUAUGCGACAAAAUCAGUUCAUCACAAGGAAGUUGGAAUUGUUGGUGGACAGAAGAAAUGAUAAUUAUUAUCGGUGUGGCUGCCACAGUCAUUACUAUUCUUCUAAUUGCUGUCGGUGCAUACUUUGGAUGUCGACAAUAUCGGGCCAAUGCCAAGCUUAAAGCACAAGGAAAACUUGCUGAACAAAUGAAUGUCCCAUUGAAAACUACAACUGCUGAUACUGGUGCACCAACAAAUGUAAAAACACUUCAAUCUAAUGAAAUUCCAACAACUGCCGAUUCAAUCGAUAAACCUAUUCAAAAUGUUGAAAAACAAGGUACUGUUAAAAAAUGGUUUUCCAAUCUCUUUUCAACAUCGAAAAAACCAGAAUUAACAGCUAAAGAUAUUGGUCCACCGACUGAUGUAAAAAAGAAUGAUGUACCAAUUCAUGAUAUUUUGGAACCACGGCCACCGGAGCACAGAACUUUUAUACCAUCAUCAGCACAACAACAAUCAACAAUGAUCAAUAUGAACAAUGAAAAACCAGUAGAAAUAUCAAUAGUUGAAACACCAGUACCAGCAAAAAUUGAUACACUACAUUUACAAAAACCACCAAAAGAUAAAGAAACUGAUAAAAAAUUAUCAAAUUUAUUUGGUCGUUUGUCUUUGAGUGAUUCUCGACAAAGCUCACCAACAUCAUCACCACCAGCUGACAAAAGAGCAAAAUAUGAACCAUCAACAUCAAAAUAUGAACCAUCAUCAUCAAAAUCACCAUUUUCAUCGAAAAAAGAUUCAUCAUCAUCACCAUUUGCUUCAUCUUCGAAAUAUGGACAAUCUUCAUCCAAAUACGAAUCGUCAUCACCAUUUGCUUCAUCUUCGAAAUAUGGGCAAUCUUCAUCCAAAUACGAAUCAUCAUCAUUCUCUACAUAUAGAGAACCACCCAAAUACGAAUCGGCGUCAUCAUCAUCAUCAUCAUCAUCACCAUUUUCAUCGAAAAAAGAUUCAUCAUCGUCAUCAUCAUCACCAUCAAGAUUUGAAUAUUCAUCAUCGCCAUCAAGAUAUUCAACAUCAUCAUCAUCGCCAACACAAUCAAGAUAUGAACAUUCACUACCACAACCAGACAAAAACAAACAAUUUUUUCGAAAGUUUACAGCAUAUAAAAAUUACGAAACACCAUCAUCAUCAGAUUCAUCACCAUCAGCAUCUCCUUAUGUAGGUAGAAAGAAAAAAAGAUCAAUACCAUUAGAAACAACAACAACUGAUAAUCAAUCACAACCAUCACAACAACCAUCACAAUCUGAUCAAGCAACGAUCAAUUUAGUUAAAGAUCCAACAAAUACAAAUAAAAAUUUAACCAAUUUAACAAAUAUUAUUGUCAAUUUGGAUAAAAUCAAUAUUGAUCCUAAUGUAAAAAUGCCAUAGUCAAAAAUAAUAAUGAAAUUUUCUUGGAAAAAUUGUUGU